AUUUGUCACAACUGUUAUAACCUACUUUCAUUAUUGCAGUUAAUAUUAUUUACUUAUAUAUUUCAACGUACACAAUCAUAGUGCAAGGUUUAAAUGUCUAGAGAAGGACGAGGUGUAAUACGUAUGAUUUUAAAAAAUUUUAUCGCUUCAUUCAAACUAUACAAACAUGAAUUUAUUGGUGAAGAUUAUAAUGGUACAAAAUAUUAUGAGAUACAAAACAAAAACUCUUCACGAAGAAAUCCAUCUCGAUAUUUUCAACCUGUAAAUAAAAAUGAUCAUACGCAAGAAAUACCUGUAGAAUGGGAAGCAUGGUUAAGACAUCGUAGAAAGUAUCCACCAUCAGCUGAAGAAAUACAAAAAAAUUAUGAAUUGAAAAUGUUGACAAAACAGAAUGCAGCUCAAAUAAAGGCAACAUUUGAAGAUAGUGAAUCAAAAGAGUCAAAGUUACAUAUUGAAAAAGAUGGAUAUAGAUCAUUUCCAAUUUAUGAUGAAUAUAAAAAUAAUGAUCAAGACCAUAAAAAAUAAAAUAUGGCAGUACAAAGUAGGAAAAACAUAGUUUAAUUAUACAUUUACGUUUAGAAUAUUAAAAAUAAAUAAAAUAUGUAGUAAAUAUGU